AUGACUCCUGACCCAGCCCCGACCGACGCGGAAUCGACGCCAUCACACCCAAAACAAGCCGAACGAACCCCUACAUACUCCGACUACUUCAGGAUCUUCAGCUACGCGACAAGAUGGGACUUUGUUGUCUACAUCAUCGCCUCUCUGUCCUCGAUCGGAGCCGGAAUCACCAUGCCUCUCAUGAACAUCAUUUUCGGCCAGCUCGUUGGGCAAUUCACCUCGUACUUUGGAGAUGCUUCGGACAUGUCAAAGUUCGACUUUGACAGUUUGCUCAACCGCCAAGCGUUGUACGUCGUAGCCCUCUUUCUCGCCCGUUGGGCCCUGAAUGCCAUCAACAAGUUCUGCUUUCGAAUGAUUGGCAUUCGUCUGUCGUCCGCUAUCCGUCAUGACUAUCUGAGAUCGCUGUUUGCGCAGGAAAUCUCUGUCAUCGACUCCAUGCCUAUCGGAGCUCCUGCGACCGCCAUCACCACGACGUCGAACACGUUGCAACUUGGAAUUUCGGAACACCUCGGGACGUUCCUCCAGGCCAAUGCCACCAUAUGGGCUGCUCUCAUUAUCUCAUUCGUCUGGAGCUGGGACAUCACCUUGGUGACCUUGUCCCUGCUAUUGUACAUGAUGGUUGUUCUGUGCGUGCUGUUGCCACUCAUUCUCAAAGGCCAGACUGCAACUGCUCAGGCGGAUGCACAAGCCAACGCCAUUGCAAGUGAGGCUCUAAAGGGCGUUCGACUCGUCAUGGCGUGUGGUGCUCAGGGCCGUACCAUUUCCCACUACGAGAAAUGGGUGCGCGAGGCUAUGAGGCGAGGCCAGAAGAUCUCCCCCGUUAUGGGACUUCAAUUUGGCUUUAUAAUGUUCGGCAUUUAUGGAGCGUAUGGCUUGACGUUUUGGUACGGGACAAAGAGGUUCGGAGAGGGUGCUGUCAGUAAUGCCGGCGUCGUCAUCAUCGUAUUGAUGUCCGUCAUGAUGGUCCUCAACUCCCUCGAGCGCGUAUCGACGCCACUCAUAGCUGUCAGCAAAGCCAUGAUUGCCGCAUGCGAGUUCUUCACCGUCAUCGACGCGCCUCUUCCCGAUCGCGGUUCCUCGAAGCCAGACAUCACCGCUCAGGACCUUGUUUUCCAUAACGUCACUUUUGAAUACCCAAGCCGGCCGGGUGUCGGAGUCCUAGAUAACCUCAGUUUUCGAAUUCGAUCAGGUUGCAAUACAGCCCUCGUCGGCCCGUCUGGAUCAGGCAAGAGCACAAUUGUUGGAUUGGUCGAGGGGUGGUAUUCUCUCAAGGGCCAACAGCUGCUGCCCCGGGUGAUACAAGCUACGCCGGCAGAGAAGUCGGAUGUUGAUCAGGAAAAGGUAUCUGAAGCUGUUCAGGAUGCUCCGGUCGAAGCCAAACUGUCUGGAUCUAUCACUAUUGGCAACCACAAUCUGGAGGAACUGGACCUCAAAUGGUGGAGGUCGCAAAUUGGCCUUGUUCAGCAGGAGCCUUUCCUCUUCAACGAUACCAUCUACGGCAAUGUCGCAAAUGGUCUCGUCGGAACUGAGUGGGAACAUGUCCCCGAAGCAGAGAAGCGAGAGCUGGUCAAAGAAGCCUGCGGGGAGGCCUACGCCGAUGAGUUCAUCAAUCGGUUACCCGAUGGCUACGACACACGAGUUGGCGAUGGCGGUGCAAAGCUAUCAGGUGGCCAGAAGCAACGCCUUGCCAUCGCCAGAAGCAUCAUCAAGAAGCCUCAGAUCAUCAUCCUCGACGAGGCAACCAGCGCAAUAGAUGCCAAGAGCGAAAGGAUAGUUCAAGCAGCACUUGACAGGGUAACUCAGCACCGCACUACAAUAACCAUCGCGCAUCGCCUCUCGACUAUACAAAAGGCCGACCAUAUCAUUGUCCUGAAGAAUGGCCGUGCAGUCGAGCAAGGCACACAUCAAAGCCUGAUGGCCGACUCGUUGGGCGUCUACAACGCCUUGGUGCAGGCCCAGUCGCUCCGUUUGCCUUCUACCAGCGAAGAUGAGCAUACUCGACCGAAACUGGACUCCGAAACAGAUCCAAAGCUGAACUUGAGCGAUGAUGAUGUCCCAACCACACCAGAAGCUGAGAACGAUCCUCGUCAAAGCCACCAAGAACAGCUGCCUCCGAGCCUGUUUCGAAUCAUUGGCAAGCUUUUGUACAGGCUCCAAGCACAGAGGCCUCUCUUUAUCGGUAUUGUCCUUUCCUGCAUGGCUAUCGGAGCAGGUACGCCCUUACAGGCAUGGUUGUUUGCCAAAGCCGUUCAAGUCUUCCUUCUGGUAGGCGACGACAUCAAGAAAGAAGGGAGCUUUUGGGGCCUGAUGUGGUUGGCCCUCGCUGCAGGAAUUGGCUUCGGCUGGUUUUCUAUGGCCUGGAACUGCUUGCACGCCCAGUACUCUGUCAGCCGGUUCUUCAAGACACAAUAUUUCACCGACAUGCUGCACCAGAAGCCAAGCUAUUUCGACCAAGACCAAAACUCUCAUGGGACCUUGACCUCUCUGGUUUCAGGCGAUGCAAAGCUGCUAGAAGAGCUCUUUGGCUUGAACGCCGGCUCUCUCCUCAACGGCGUGUUCAACGCCGCCGGUUGCAUCAUCAUCUCGCUCAUCUUCUCUUGGAAGCUCGGGCUGGUUGCCAUGUUUGCCACCAUGCCCGUCAUGCUGACCGCGGGCUUCUGGAAGUACAGGUACGAGAUCUAUUUCGAAAAGAUGAACUCGGCCGUCUUCAUGGAAAGCUCUCAAUUUGCGACGGAAGCUGUCGGAGCCAUGCGGACGGUUUCUUCGCUGAACAUGGAAGAUGCGAUCAAUGGCCGAUACCAAACCCUCCUGAGCGAUCACGUCCACGCGGCUCGUCUCAAGGCCCAAUGGACCGCCGGAUUCUUCGGCUUCGCAGACAGCGUUGGGCUCGCCUGCCAAGCCUUGGUGUUUUGGUACGGCGGCAAGCUCAUGGCAAGCGGCGAGCUCAGCUUGGAGCAGUUCUUUGUCUGUUUCAUGGCAAUGAUCCAAGGCGCAGAGUCGGCAGCCCAAGUUCUCAGCGUCUCGCCCAACUUUGCACAGGCCGCUACAGCUGCGGAUCGAAUCUUCAAUGUGGAAGAGUCGUCGGAUUUUGGAGCAGCUGGGAUGAGUGGAGGCGGCAACAUUCCUGGGUCAGAUGGCGGAGUGCACAUCGAGCUGCGAGACGUCCAUUUCAAGUAUCCUACGCGGGAUGUCUCCGUUUUUGACGGGCUAAGCCUAGCCAUCAAAAAGGGUCAGUAUGCAGCAUUCGUGGGCCCUUCUGGAUCUGGCAAAACAACCAUCAUUUCCCUUAUGGAGCGGUUCUACGACCUUGGCCCAGACGGAGGCGAGAUUCGCUGCAACGGCGUCAACAUCAAUGAGCUUAAUGUCUACGACUACCGACGGAACCUGUCGCUCGUGGCUCAAGAACCGACUUUGUUCCAAGGAAGCAUAAGAGACAACAUCCUCUUUGGCAUUUCCGAUCCCGACUCUGUGCCAGACGAGCGAAUCCACGCAGUAUGCCGCGACGCCUUCAUCCACGACUUCAUCGUUUCCCUGCCCGAAGGCUACAACACCGACGUCGGCCAACAAGGCGUCUCCAUGUCGGGAGGCCAGAGGCAGAGGAUCGCCAUUGCGCGAGCCUUGAUCCGCGAUCCCAAGAUCUUGCUGCUUGAUGAAGCAACGUCGGCGCUGGACUCUGAGUCUGAGAAGAUUGUCCAAUCCGCAUUCGAAAAAGCGCGUGAGGGCCGGACGAUAAUCGCCGUCGCCCAUCGGCUGUCGACCAUCCAGAAGGCCGAUGUCAUCUUUGUCUUGGAUGAGGGCAGGGUUGUUGAGCAGGGCAAUCAUGAUGAUCUUGUCAAGUCGAAGGGCGUUUACUGGGAAAUGUGCCAGAGUCAAGCCUUGGACCAGUAG